AUGUCGAAUGCAUAUCAAUGGUUAUGGAAAUCAAAUUCUGAUCCUUCGCCAAUAAAUAUAGAAGAAAAAUGGAAACGAUAUUCAGACAUUGAAAUGACUAUCAUUGAAAAUUCUUAUGAAAAAAAAUAUUCACAUGUUGAAUUAGAUAAUUUUAUAAUUGAUGUUAAACACUUAGUACAAAUUAAUAAAGCGGAUUCAACAAAACAAAGACCUAUUAAACGAAUAUCGGAUAUUAAUCUUCAAUGUUUAAGAGAAGAACGAUUUACUUUACCAAGUCAUAAUUCAUUAAAUACACGAAGAAAAUCUUUUGGAGAUGAAGCUAGAUGGAUGUCACCAAAAUUUAUUGAAGAAUGGAUUAAAAGAAAUCCACGUAUAACAUUAACUCAACGUGUUGAAAAAGCGGCACAAGGUAUUUUAGAAGAAGGUCGUUUACUUGGAAAAAUUGUAGAAUGUUUUCUUUACAAAUUAUUAAAUAAAGCAUUGAGCGAAGAAGAUCCAUCAAAAGUUGAUACUUUAGGACCUUUUUGUGAUUUUCUUUGGAAUAGUCUUUCAUCAGAAAAUUUAAAAUCAAAAUAUCAAUUUACAGGUUUAGUUUCUUGUAGUGCUUCAUUAAAACUUGAUGAAAUUAGUGCUUACAAAAAUUCUAUUAAAUAA